AUGAGUUCCUACUAUGAAUAUUCAGAGGCAUCAACAAUGCCAAAAGAAGAUAAAUUCGUAGAAGGAAUGUACCUGAAAACCAUUGCCCGCAAAAUCUCUGAAGGAGCUAAAAAACGCGUCAAACCAAACUUAUAUAAGCCCCCACCAGAUCCUCCAGCUUUUAGAAUGGCAUUAGAUUUUGUUUCGUCUUGGCUUGCUGUACGAAAUCUCGAUAUUACUCUUGAUUUAGCAAAUUAUGAAUCAAAUAAAUUAGUUAAAAUCGAUCGUCAUCGCCCAGAUUACGUUGCACGCAACCUAGAUCUCAAAAGACAUAAAGGUGUCAUUAGACAACUUCUCAAACUCAAACAAGAGCAAAAAGCAGAAAAUCCCACAGUAAAAUCACGCGCAAUUCCAUCAAAGAAGGAACGUGAAAAUCCAUUACUUCAAUCCUCUGAUGAUUCUGAAUUUUCUGAAAAUUCGAUUGUUGAAGAAGCCGAAGCAAAGCGUGAAGAAUUCUAUCAGCACAAUCAAAAGCAUCAUCAUUCGAAGCACCAUCAUCAUUCACAAGCUCCUGUUGUAGAACCUCCGAAAGAGCGAGAUAUUUCAGAAGAUGAUACAUUUACACAAAGUUCUGAUGAAGAGCAGCCACAAGUAUGGGACCCACACUACGGACUUGAUAAAGAAAAGCGAAAUGCACUUCAAGAAUCUCUUGCAAGGAAAGCUUCACGAAAAUCUUCAAAGAAACCAUCUUCUUCUCAGAAGAAAGAGUCAGAACCACCACAAUCCUCCUACUCAUACUAUUCCUAUGGAGAUACAUAUUCUUACACCCAAACAGAAAAGAAUUCUCGUCGCCAUGAACCUCGUCGCGAAAAGAGACCUCCAACGUACUCAGAAAACUCAUAUUCGUACGGAGACACAUACACAUACUCCUACAGCAUCCCAGGAUCUUAUUAUUCCACUUACACUUACACAGAAUCGAAUAAUAACCAACCACCUCCAAAAGUUGCUCCGAAACCACAGCCAAGCACUCACUCCAGGUCCAAAUACCAGUCCUUCACAUCCCCACAAGGCUCUGCAGCUCAAACUCCUUCUUAUUCCACAAAAAUUGACACAACAGAUGAAAAGAAACCGAAAUCAAGGGAAAUUCAGCUCCAAAUACAGCCACAGAGGCAGCAACCACCAAGUGGGUAUUCCUAUACUUCAUACUCUUACGCUUACUCUAAUAACAGCACUGCAAUCCGUCAAGCAGCUGAAAAAAGUUGGACUUCAAUUUUGAAAGACAACGAUAGCGUUGUUCGGCUGACCAAAUCUCCUUUUGAAAAUUCGGGCAACAGAGUAAAUGCAGGAUCUGGUGAGCAGCCUAUCUAUGCUUAUCCGCCACCUCCAGAAGCUGUCCAACAGCAACAACCUGUUUAUCAUCCUCCAGUUCAAAGACAAAUCAGAGCUGAACAAGAUUCACCUGAUUUCCUUGCAAACUUCAACAAGAAUGAGGUUGAUAACACUGAUGUUGGAACAACUGAUAUAUUGCGCGCAUACGCAAAUGCUCCAACACCUGGAAAUGCGCCUGAUUCUCCAAAUGAUUUCUUCAGACAAAAGAAAUCUGGAUCAUCAAAGGCAAGUUCAAGUAAAAGAAAGGGAUCUUCAUCAAGGAAAUCAAAAGGUAGUGUUCAAGAAGUAGUUCUUGAUUAA